AUGGGUACAGCCAAGAAGGAGAAACAGAGAAGAAUCCGUGAGGGAAAUGUUAAAGAUGGAAACCUUAGAGUUAAAGGUGAAAAUUUUUACAGAGAUGGUAAAAGAGUUCAGUUCUUGAACAUGUACAGAAAGGGCUCAGCCAUUAAAAACAAACAUGGUGAUUUAAUUAAGGCUGCUCCCCUUCAAGAUGCUACUAUUCCUACAGCAAGAGUCCAACCAGACCGUAGAUGGUUCGGUAACACUAGAGUUAUCUCUCAAGAUGCUUUAACACAUUUUAGAGAUGCUUUAGGGGAAACUCAAAAAGACACUUACCAAGUUCUUUUAAGAAGAAACAAGUUGCCUAUGUCAUUGUUAGAUGAAAAAGAUACCGCUGAAUCUCCGAGAGCUAAUAUUCUUGAAACAGAGAGUUAUCGUGAUACUUUUGGUCCAAAGGCACAAAGAAAAAAGCCACGGGUGGCAGCGUCAAGUUUGGAAAGCUUAGUAAAGGCUACAGAAGAUGACAACAAAACUUACGAAGAAAAGCAAGAAUUAGAUUCUACAUUAGGAUUGAUGGCUAAUCAAAUCGAUGAAGAAAACGGAUGGUCACAGGCUGCAAAAGAACACAUUUUCAGUAAAGGUCAAUCAAAACGUAUUUGGAAUGAAUUAUACAAGGUUAUCGAUUCUUCCGAUGUCGUAAUCCAUGUUCUUGACGCAAGAGAUCCAUUAGGUACCCGUUGUAAAUCCGUCGAAGAAUAUAUGAAAAAAGAAACACCACAUAAGCAUUUAAUUUAUGUUCUAAAUAAGUGUGAUUUGGUUCCUACAUGGGCAGCUGCUGCUUGGGUGAAACAUCUUUCAAAAGAGCGUCCAACACUUGCAUUCCACGCUUCCAUUACCAAUUCCUUUGGUAAAGGUUCUCUAAUCCAAUUACUACGUCAAUUCUCACAAUUGCACAGUGAUAGAAAACAAAUUUCUGUGGGAUUCAUUGGCUAUCCAAAUACUGGUAAGUCAUCUAUUAUUAAUACACUAAGAAAGAAGAAGGUUUGUCAGGUUGCUCCAAUUCCAGGUGAAACGAAAGUUUGGCAAUAUAUCACAUUAAUGAAAAGAAUCUUCUUGAUUGAUUGUCCAGGUAUUGUUCCACCAUCAGCUAAAGAUACAGAAGAAGACAUUUUAUUCAGAGGUGUUGUGAGAGUGGAGCACGUUUCCAACCCAGAACAAUAUAUUCCAGGUGUGUUGAAGCGUUGUCAGGCAAAACAUUUAGAAAGGACUUACGAAAUUUCCGGUUGGAAGGACUCUACUGAAUUUAUUGAAAUGUUAGCAAGAAAGCAAGGUAGACUUCUGAAGGGUGGUGAACCUGACGAAUCUGGUGUUUCGAAACAAAUCUUGAAUGAUUUCAACAGAGGUAAAAUUCCAUGGUUUGUUAUUCCACCAGAAAAGGAAGAAAGACCAUCUGAAAAGGCCCAGGCAAACAAGAAAAGAUCUGCCGAAGAUGCUCUGGAAGUAAACGCUGAAGAUGCUAAAAAGUCCAAAGUUUAA